AGUAUUCCUGAAGAAAGCUUGUAUGUGAAAUGUAACGGGCGACUGGUUAAUGAUGAAGAUGUACUGCAGAAUGGAGCUGUUUAUAGUCUGGAACCAAGGCUUUGUGGUGGAAAAGGAGGGUUUGGAUCAAUGCUACGAGCACUCGGUGCUCAGAUUGAAAAGACAACAAAUAGAGAGGCUUGCCGAGAUCUCAGUGGAAGGAGACUUCGAGAUGUCAAUCAUGAAAAAGCGAUGGCUGAAUGGGUGAAGCAGCAAGCAGAACGGGAAGCAGAAAAAGAGCAAAGGCGCUUGGAAAGGCUGCAGCGGAAACUUGCAGAGCCAAAGCACUUUUUCACAAAUCCAGACUACCAGCAGCAGUGUCAUGAAAUGGCUGAGCGACUAGAAGAUUCAGUCCUUAAAGGAUUGCAGGCUACUUCAAGCAAAAUGGUGUCACCAGAAAGUGGCAAUAGUCGGAAGCGUCCAGGUGAAUCUGCAACGAAUGGAACAAAACCUCGAAAAAGAAAAUGUUUUUGGUUGGGAUUGGAAGGAUUGGAUGACAGUGACAGUUCGGAUUGUGAGGAUGACAGUGAAGAUGACUCCCCUCGUGCAUCUGACGGAAGUUGUCCAUCAGGCAGCAGAUAUAGUGAAAACGCUGGAAAUUCAAAUGAAUGUUCAGGCAGCUCUGUGGAUUCAGUAGGGGAUAGUCCAGCUGCCAGUGCAACUGAGAAACCACUGGAGCAGCCAGAAGGUACUGGAAGAGAUCUGCAAAGAGAGACGCACACAGAUGGGCAGACUGAAAUUCCAUCUGAGGAAAGUAGUAAAAUGACAAAGCCCCUGCAGGAAGAGGCCCAAGAAAAGAAUGAAGCAACCCAAGCUCUGAAAGAAGAGCAGCAAAAAAAUGUUUCUUCUAAGGCACAGGAAAUGAACCAGUUACAGAGCACAGAGAUAGAACCAAUAGAUCUACUGGCAUUCAACUCUGCUGCUGAAAUGGAAGCCCUGGGUUUAGAUAAACUGAAGAUGCAAUUGAUGUCUUUAGGACUGAAAUGUGGAGGCACUUUAAAGGAAAGAGCAGCAAGGCUUUUUUCAGUGAGAGAUGGAAAAAAAUCACCUGAAUGUUUUCUGGAAAAUGUGUAUGACACAGUCAUCACCUAUUUUAAGAAAAAUAGCAGUCCUUUCUUAGCUUUAUAUUGAAUCUCCUGUAAGGUGUAUUCCAGUUAG